GGGUUUUAGACCAAAAGCUCCUGCCUUUCGGCAUGGAGCACAACUUUUGGCGUGCUGGGAGCCUCAGCGGGGCCGGUUUAUGCGGUCCAUGCACCGAAAUUCAUGUCGAUUUCCGCGCUCUGAAUGGCCAGGAAGUGUUACAGUGUGCUCGAUGUCUCAUCAACACAGCCAGUCCUCAGGUUAUGGAGUUGUGGAAUUCUGUAUUCAUCACUCACCGCCUACGUCCGUCAGAGGACGAGUCAUUCAAAGCGGAGCUACUCGAACCUCUGUCGAAACCUUUUGUGGACACUGGGAUGGGGCUGGAGAGAUUAUGCUGUGUCAUGCAGGGUGUUACCUCCACUUACGACACAGAUGUGUUUGGCCCACUUCUCGAAUUGGUUCAUUCGGAGGCCACUAUCUCUUCAUCAUCAUCAUCACCCGCGUCAACAUCCCAUCAGAUCAAGUCUUAUGGCGGAUUGUUUCUACCUCUUUGUCCUCACUCCUCUGUGGAACAACCAUCUGAUCAUCCGACCGAAACAGGCGACGCCUCUGUUUCUUCGCGCUUAUUGCCAAAACUGCUACAUAGGUUGCUCAGAUCGUCCGGAACACCUAAG